AUGGGGGAGUCCCCUCGUCCCAGCAAAAAUCUCCAGCUGUACCCCCAGCGGGAGUACUCCCCCCAGAGGUCCCCCCCCCAAGAGCCGAUGAUUCAGCUAACACAGGAGGCUUUGCUAGCCUUGAUUCGAGAUGCGUCCACGCGAGCUGCGGCUCAAGCCGUGGCCCAAUUUGUGGCGCAACAACCAGUGAACCCGCCCCCUCCUUCCCCUCGCAAAAGUCGAGAACUAUCCUCGGCUCCCGAGGAGGAGGAGCAGAGGCGAGAGGAAGUAAACAGUCGGAUUUCUAGACCAGAAGUAGUACAAACUCACGACCGGAAUCUCCCUCACCGAGAAUCUUCCGCCCCCCCACCAACGCGGGGAGCCGAAGAUUCCUACUUGCCUUUGGCUGUGGCGCCUCCGAGACGAAGCCCAUUUGCCUCCCAUAUUCUAGCCGAGGCGCUCCCAGCCGGUCUCAAGGUGUCGAAUCUACCGGAAUAUGACGGGGCAGGAGACCCCCAAGAACACUUAGACAAGUUCUAUGCCAAGAUUGACUGGUAUGAUCUGAGUGAUGCCGCGUACUGUAAAGUCUUUCGCACUACACUUUCGAAGCGUGCGUUGGCUUGGUUCAACCAACUGCCCGCUGGAACUAUUUCCAGCCUCGAGCAGUUGGUUCAGCGUUUUUUGCACCAUUUCUCAAUGAACAAAAAGAUCCCAAAAACAGCGGCGUACCUGUUCACUGUUCGCCAGAGGGAAGGCGAGACCCUGAGAGACUUCAUGCAAAGAUUCAUAGAUGCAGUUCAUGAGGUCCCUCACGUCAAUCAAGAGUUAUUAGCUAGUAUCGUGCAGCAGAAUUUGCAACCGGGAAGAUUCAAGGAAUCUAUAGCCGGUAAACCCCCUAGCACUAUGGAGGACUUGAUUGUGCGUUCACAGAAAUACAUCCGCGUAGAGGAGUCGAACGCGAUGGAUCCUUCCUUCAACAACAAGAGGAAGGGUCGGAAGGAAGAGAAAGAGCCGAAGAAGAAGGAGGAACGCAAACAUGUACCUCCAGCUGGUUUCGCCCGCUACACCCCUUUGAAUGCCCCCAGAGGAGAGAUAUUAGUCGAACCGAAGCACCAACCCCGGGACUCAACCCCCAAACAAGCCGGGAACGGCGACAACCUCCCCACAGCAGGGGUCAUCGCCGUGAUUUCGGGUGGCCCUGCUGGGGGCGACUCGGCCAAUGCUAGGAGGGCCCUCACUCGAGCAGCUAGGGGGAGUCACGCGCAAACCCCUAUCCAAGUUCACACCAUCAGAUCGCUGCAAGAGGAUGAGAUCUCAUUCGGUCAACAGGACUUAGACCCUACGAGAAAUCAGAACAAUGACGCCCUGGUCAUCUCCGCCACAAUAUCUAACUUCUGGGUCAAGAAAAUCUUGGUGGAUAGUGGAAGUUCCGCUGAUAUUAUAUUCUACGAUGCAUAUGUCCAGUUAGGGAUUGAUAAUGCACAACUUCGGAAGGUCAAUACUCCUCUCACGGGUUUUAGCGGGGACAUGAUCCAACCAAUGGGGGAGGUGAUGCUGCCACUAUCCCUCGGUUCUCUUCCAAAAAGAUCCACGAAAUUAGUGAAGUUCCUCGUGGUGAAAGCCCCAUCCGCUUACAACGUCAUCUUGGGAAGACCGAGCCUGAACCUCUUCCGAGCAAUAGCAUCUACCUACCAACGGAAAUGUGUCGGCCUACUGAAGAGAGUUUAA